UCUCUCCCCUUACAGGAUAUUGCAUUUUUAACCAAAUUAUUUUGAAUUAUUUUACAUAUAAAAACAAACUUUUCCAUGUAAAUAUCUUUAUUUAAUUAUCUUAACCCCCAAAAUCCUCUCCUAUAUAUCUCUCUCUCUCUCUCUCCCUGAAGUUAGUCAUCAUCAUCAUCUUCAACAUCUCUCUCUGCAAAAACAUGAUGAACAAAUAGUGUUAAUCUCCUUUCUUCUUCUCCUUCUUCGUCUCCUCUUAGAUCUGGUUCCAUUGUCAUCUGCAACAAGGAGGGAGCCUACAGUUUUGUCUGUAGCAAUAAAUCAUGGCAUUAGGAAAGUAUACUAGAGUAGAUAAUAGGAGGUCGUCCUCGAGUUACUGCUCGACCGUGACGAUAGUGGUCUUUGUUGCUCUAUGCUUAGUUGGAGUUUGGAUGAUGACAUCGUCCUCCUCUAUUUCACCUGUUCAAAAUAUAGAUGAGACUCCUCAGGAGACUACAACCAAAGUGAAGGAACAGGUGGCCGAACCUAAUAAUGAGGGCAAGAACGAGGGAAAUAAUCAACAAUUUGAAGAUAGCCCUGGUGAUUUACCUGAUGAUGCAACUAAAGGAGAUGGCAAUACAGAUUUACCUCAAACUGAAACUAAUACUGACGCAAAAGAAAAUCCUAAUGAAACCAACCCCGAUACAAAAGAAAACCAAAGUGAAAAUGAUUCUGAGACAAAAGAAAACCAAAGUGAAAAUAACGCUGAGACAACAGAAAAGCAGGAGGGGACUGAAGAGAACCCUGAGGGAAAGAAUAAUGAGGAGACUAAGUUGUCAAAUACCGAGACACAAGAUGGAGACAGCAAAGAUGGUGAUUCUAAGACAGAAGAUGGAGCAUCUAAUUCUGAGGGUGGGGAGGCAAAAACUGACGGUAGUGAAGGUAAUUCAGGUGAGCAAGGAGAUUCUGAUGAAACUCAAGAUCAAAACAGAUCUGAUUUGGGUGAUGGUGACAAACAGUCCAAAAACAAUGAUGCUGAAACAAAAUCCGAUGAGAAUUCCGACAAAUCAAAUGGAGAAAAUGUUGAGGGUCAAGUAGAUGAGAAGACAGAACAAAAUGAGAACAAGGAGUCAGAAACAUCUGAUGAGAAAAAGGAGGAUGAGCAGCCCAAAAACCAGACCUUGAAUGAGGUAUUUCCUUCUGGUGCUCAGUCAGAGCUACUGAAUGAAACUGUGACACAGAAUGGAUCAUUCUCAACCCAGGCAACAGAAUCAAAGAAUGAGAAGGAAGCUCAGCUGUCUUCCAAGCAAUCAACAGAAUAUAGUUGGAAUCUUUGCAAUGUCACUGCUGGAGCUGAUUAUAUACCUUGCCUUGACAAUUUGCAAGCCAUUAAGGGUCUUCCAACUACUAAACACUAUGAGCAUCGAGAAAGGCAUUGUCCUGAUCAACCGCCUACCUGUCUUGUUUCGCCUGAAGGGUAUAGACUCCCGGUUGAGUGGCCUAAAAGCAGGGAAAAGAUAUGGUACUAUAAUGUUCCCCAUACCAAACUUGCUGAAAUUAAGGGACAUCAGAAUUGGGUUAAGGUUGCUGGCGAAUAUCUCACUUUCCCUGGUGGAGGGACUCAGUUUAAGCACGGUGCUCUUCAUUACAUUGACUUCAUACAAGAGUCUAUCCCUGACAUUGCUUGGGGAAAAAGAUCUCGUGUUAUAUUGGAUGUUGGAUGUGGGGUUGCUAGCUUUGGAGGUUUUCUGUUUGACAGAGAUGUGCUUACCAUGUCUUUUGCACCUAAAGAUGAGCAUGAAGCUCAAGUGCAGUUUGCACUUGAAAGAGGAAUCCCCGCAAUAUCUGCUGUGAUGGGCACAAAGAGACUUCCAUUCCCUGGCAGAGUUUUUGACAUCGUCCACUGUGCACGCUGUAGAGUCCCAUGGCACAUAGAAGGCGGUAAACUGCUUUUGGAGCUAAAUCGUGUACUUCGACCUGGUGGUUUCUUUUUGUGGUCUGCUACUCCUGUUUAUCAGAAGCUUCAUGAAGAUGUUGAAAUCUGGAAUGCCAUGUCUGAACUAACAAAGAAACUUUGCUGGGAACUUGUGUCCGUUAACAAGGAUACAGUCAAUAGAGUGAGUAUAGCAAUAUAUAGAAAGCCUACUUCCAAUGAGUGCUAUGAGAGCAGACCACAACCUGAGCCUCCUCUCUGCCAACAAUCUGAUGAUCCAAAUGCGGCCUGGAAUGUGCCACUGCAAGCAUGCUUGCACAAGGUGCCCAUUGAUGCAGUAGAACGUGGAUCUCAGUGGCCAGAGCAAUGGCCAUCUAGGUUGGAGAAACCGCCUUACUGGUUGUUGAGUUCUCAAGUUGGAGUUUAUGGUAAGCCAGCACCAGAAGAUUUCACUGCAGAUUAUGAGCACUGGAAACGAGUUGUGACCAAGUCCUACCUAAAUGGCAUUGGAAUUAACUGGUCAACUGCUCGGAAUGUCAUGGACAUGAGAUCUGUCUAUGGAGGUUUUGCUGCAGCUAUGAAAGAUUUGAAUGUGUGGGUCAUGAAUGUGGUCCCAAUUGACUCCCCGGAUACACUUCCCAUAAUUUAUGAGCGAGGUCUGUUUGGUAUUUAUCAUGACUGGUGUGAAUCAUUUAGCACCUACCCAAGAUCUUAUGAUGUUCUGCAUGCCGAUCAUCUUUUCUCCAAGAUAAAAAAGAGAUGCAAUUUGAUGGCUUUGGUUGCUGAGGUU